AUGGCGACAAACGGGUUAGAGAUUGCCGGCGAGCGCAUUACGGGUCAAGACGUACGAACACAAAAUGUCACGGCGUGCAUGGCCAUAGCCAACAUCGUCAAGAGCUCGCUGGGUCCCGUGGGAUUGGAUAAGAUGCUGGUGGACGACAUUGGUGACAUCACCAUCACCAACGAUGGAGCCACCAUUCUGAAGCAGCUGGAGGUGGAGCAUCCUGCUGCCAAGGUGCUGGUGGAUCUGGCAGAGCUACAGGACAGGGAGGUGGGGGACGGCACCAUGUCAGUCGUCAUCAUUGCUGCCGAGCUGCUCAAGAGGGCGGACGACCUUGUUCGCAACCGCAUUCACCCAACGUCCAUCAUCAGCGGGUAUCGACUGGCGAUGAGGGAGGCGUGCAAGUAUGUGGACGGCAAGCUGGCAGUCAAGGUGGAGAAGCUGGGCAAGUCGACGCUGCUGAAUGCGGCCAAGACCAGCAUGGCCUCCAAGAUUGUCGACAUGGACAGCGAGUUCUUUGGCAAGAUGGUUGUGGACGCGGUUCAAGCGGUGAAGACCACGAACGAGAAGGGCGAAGUCAGAUACCCCAUUAAGGCCAUCAACAUUCUCAAGGCGCACGGCAAGAGUGCGAGGGACAGCACUCUCAUCAAUGGCUAUGCGCUCAACACCACGCGCGCCGCCCAGGGCAUGCCCCGCCGCGUGGGACCCGCCCGCAUCGCGUGCCUGGACUUCAACCUGCAGCGCACGCGCAUGCAGAUGGGCGUGCAGGUGCUCGUGACGGACCCGAAAGAGCUGGACAAGAUCAGAGAGAGGGAGUCGGACAUUACAAAGGAGCGCAUUCAAAAGAUGCUCAAGGCGGGUGCAAAUGUCAUUCUCACCACCAAGGGCAUCGAUGACAUGUCGCUCAAGUAUUUCGUGGAGGCAGGCGCCAUUGCAGUGCGGCGAGUCAAGAAGGACGACCUGAGGCACAUCGCCAAGGCGUCUGGUGCUACCAUGAUGCUCACAUUCGCGGACAUGGAGGGGGGGGAGACGUUUGAUGCGUCCAUGCUGGGCCAGGCAGAGGAGGUGUAUGAGGAGCGGGUGGCAGAUGACAACAUCUUGAUCUUCAAGGGCUUUAAGGCCGCCAAGGCGGCCACCCUCCUCCUCCGCGGGGCCAACGACUACAUGCUCGACGAGAUGGACCGUUCCCUUCACGAUGCCAUCUGCAUUGUCAAGCGCACACUCGAGUCCAACUCCGUGGUAGCAGGGGGAGGCGCUGUGGAGGCUGCCCUGUCUGUUCACCUGGAGAAUCUCGCUACAACUCUUGGGUCGCGGGAGCAGCUGGCUAUAGCCGAGUUUGCUGAAGCCCUGCUCGUCAUUCCCAAGGUGCUGGCAGUGAAUGCUGCCAAGGAUGCCACGGACCUGGUGGCGAAGCUGAGGGCGUACCACCACAUGUCGCAGACUAAAAGCGACAAGCAGCACUUGGCAGAGUACGGUUUGGACCUGGUGAACGGUGUGUUGAGGAACAACGUGGAGGCGGGCGUGCUGGAGCCAGCCAUGAGCAAAACCAAGAUCCUGCAGUUUGCCACGGAAGCCGCCAUCACCAUUCUCAGGAUCGACGACAUGAUUCGGCUGGCCAAGGCCCAAGACGGCCCUGAGGAGUGA